GGGGUGGUAAGCGGGUUCCGGGCGGGUGGCCAUGGCGCCGGGGACCUGGCGCUGGGUGCGCGGGGUCUGGGCGGCGUGUCAGCCCCUGUUCCACGGCCGUGCGUUGCUCGUCACCAACACGCUGGGCUGCGGCGUGCUCAUGGCGGCCGGGGACGGCGCGCGGCAGGCCUGGGAGAUCCGUGCGCGGCCCGGCCAGACGUAUAGCCCUCGGCGCUCAGCCCGCAUGUUCGCCGUGGGCUGCAGCAUGGGCCCCUUCCUACACUACUGGUACCUGUGGCUGGACCACGUCCUCCCCGCCGCGGGCCUGCGCGGCCUCCCGAACGUCGUCAGGAAGGUGCUCAUGGACCAGCUGGUGGCCUCGCCGCUGCUGGGCGUCUGGUACUUCCUGGGCCUUGGCUGUCUGGAGGGCCAGACACUGAGUCAGAGCUGCCAGGAGCUGCAGGAGAAGUUCUGGGAAUUCUACAAGGCUGACUGGUGUGUGUGGCCCGCUGCGCAGCUGGUGAACUUUCUUUUCGUGCCCCCCCAGUUCCGGGUCACCUACGUCAACAGCCUGACGCUGGGCUGGGACACGUACCUGUCCUACCUGAAAUAUCGGAUCCCUGCGACUCUAGCGCCCCAGGCUGGGGACUGAGGACUAGAUGCCGGCCAGGGCCAGCCACCUCGGAGCGGGACUGACUCCUCCGGCUGCAGGAUCCCCGCCCUCAGCUCCCCAGCUGUUCUUCGAGAGCUCGUGGCCCAGCGUCUAGGCCCCAGCACUGCCGAGACCACUCCAGGGCGCCCCAUAGCCCUGCCAGAGCCACACUGAGAACCCAUUCAACUGCCAUCCCAGGGUGGCAGGUACCACUACAGCAACACCGCAUUGUCCAUUCGCUUUAUUGGAAUGUGGUGGUGGUGGUGUGACAUUUCCUAGGGGGCCGGGGUGCACGUUGGACACUCACGACGUCAGAACAGGGCUGGGGGCCCAGCAGCCCCCCACCCACUCAGGAAGCUGAGACUGAGGGAGCCUCACCAGACGCUGACCCCAUGGUCCGAAGGGUAUUCGGAGCAGGAUCUCAGGGCGGGCUGGAGGAUACCUCCUGUCACCCAACCGGCCAGUUCCAGGUGUCACCUGGCCUCUGCUUUGCAACCAAGGACUGUGAUGGUAGAUUAGAAAAACCAACCGGGGAGGAGGGCGGCGGAGAGUGGGAAGCGGGAUGUUGUCAAUAAAUAAAUAAAUAACUACGAUAAUAAA